CUCAUACGAAGGACAGCUCUCGGAGCGAAAUUUUGAAUUGUAUAAAAAAAAAACGGACAAGAAUCGCCAUUGUUUGAAUGAGUACAGAUAGACAGGGAAAUGUAGGUCAGUAUCAGAAAAAAUGGAGAACCAAUGGAGUAAAAGUGAAACGAGCAAUGGAAUUCCAUAUUAUAUCAACCAUUACAGUGAGGUCACGCAAUGGGAUCACCCAGAUCUUGUGUCGGCCAUGUCCAGUUUGAGCACAAUGGACAACAUUCAGUUUGGUGCAUACAGAACUGCUGCUAAGCUUAGAAUGCUACAAAAAGUAUUACACAUGGACGUGGUUAACUUGAUCACUGUUAGGAUGGCUUUUGAGCUCCAUGGAUACAGUCGCCAUAACGACAGCGUCAUGGAUGCCAUCCAGCUCUACAACAUCAUCAACGAGAUGUAUCACAUGACCAAGGUCCGUGGACGGAGCACGCUUAGAGUGAAUCGAUGCAGUGAUCUGCUUCUUAACUGGCUACUCAAUUUAUUUGAUGUCCAAAGGACAGGUUGUAUAAGAGUUCUACCUGUCAAGUUGGGUAUUGCGAUCAUUUGCUCUGCAAGGAUAACAGAUAAAUACAGAUAUUUCCAAGACCUCCUCGCUAAUAGAAUAGGCAGUAUCACCCGUAAGAUGAUGACAGAAUUCAUGCAUGACGUUACACAGGUAAGAUCUAUUCUAGGCUUUGGGACCAACCAUUUCUCAGGAUGA